AUGGGUGCGGAUGACCAGAUCCGCCGCCGUUUCGAGGAGCAUCGGCGCGAACUGCCGCGUUUCCGAUCCCGCAAAGAGCGGGCGCUCGAGGGACACGUCGCGCGCUCCGACGCGGAGGCUGCGGCGCACCGGGGGCGUUCGCCUCGGCGCCGCUCGUCAGUGACGCGCGAGGAAGGGCGGGCGAACCCCCGCAAUGAACGCCGUGAAAAAUCUCCGUCGCCCUGUCCGCCGCGUUCGCCGCAUUCACCUCGCCCGCCGCGUUCGCCUCGCUCGCCUCGUUCGCCUCGACCCAAGGUAUCGCGCAGCCGGUCCCGAGAUCGCCGGACGCGCCGCCACCGGUCUCCCGCUCGCCGUUCGAUCCGGCAACGAUCACCUCAUCGUCCCGCCUCUCGUCACCAAUCUCCCGUGGCGCAUUCAUCGCGGCCGUCAAAGCGCCAGCGGCUGCACUCUCCUCGUCGCGGGGGUCGAUCCCCUGGGCGCAGCCGCCAGCGCUUGCAAUCCCGCCCGCAAUCGCCCGUGCGGUCGAAUGCGAGUGGGCGCCGUGGAGGCUAUGGCCGUGGCGGAGCGGCGCCGCGGGCCCCGUCCGCGAUGGAGCGCGUUCUCCAGCGGCUGGACGGCGUGGAGGAAGCCAUCCAUCGUACGAAGGCGGAAUCGUCGUCUCGUCCCGCGCGUCCUCCUGCCCCUGCUGUUCCCCUCGCUGCUCUCCUGCCGCAUGACCCCGAGGGGUCACUUGUGCGUCCUGGGCGUCCGCUGCCUCCUGGGGCUGGCUUCGUGGGUGCUGGUGGCGGGGACCCGUGGGCACCGUUCGUUCCGCCACGCCCUGCGCCUCCGCCUCGGGAUUUGGCGGUGUCUUCGCGCCGAGCUCGUGCAACUGCGAUGGCGCCCCUGAUGAAGGAAGUGCCCACGGCGACCCUGGCGCACUUGUGGUCGCUUGCGGAGAGCUUACAGAGCCUCGAGCAGAUUCUCCUGGACUCGCACGGCUCCAUGUCGUUGACCCCACCGAGCACGUUCUCUGAGCUUCCGCGAGCAAGGUGUCACGCGGCGGCGUCAACACUAUUUGCGUACGUAACGCCACUACAGGUAGCGCCCUCCCCGGGAGUAGUCUCGGCCACCCUGCUGGCUGAGAGGGCCUUGGAUCUGAAGACGAUUGUAGGAGAUCGCGGAACUCCUGUUGACGUUGUCGGCGCCACCGCGUCAGUGGUCCGCUUGAUGUGGCUGGCCGCGCGCAAAACGCUAGGUGAGCUUGAGGCGGACCGCAUGUAG